CUGCUUUUUUGGCGGUCUUUUUUGAUGUUUCCGUGAGUAUUUUGCUAUUUUGCGCGGUUAAAUGGAGAAAAGAUGACACACAGUACAUUCGGACAUGUCUUUUGUAUGUUUGUUGUCUCUGUCAGAGGUCUAACUCCUCUGAUCCAAACACAGCCGACAGAGACGGCAGCAGUGGGAGACCAGGCCCGUUUAAACUGUCUGCUCUUACGAACCAAAGAUGUUCAUCAAGUCACCUGGCAGAAGAUCUCACCUGGUGGAGAGAAGACAGUCGCCACCGACACCAAACACUAUGGUCAGACGAUACACCCCGACUUCAGCCGUAGAGUGGAGUUUAAAGAUGCUGACCUACAGAACAGCUCCAUAGUGAUCAGGAAGGUGACAGAGGAGGAUGAAGGCUGCUAUUGCUGCUUGUUUAACACCUAUCCUGAUGGUGCUCUCAUUGCUACAACCUGCCUGCAAGUUCUUGAGCUGCAUGAACCUGUUCUACGUCUCAGAGAAUCCAACUCCACCGAAGAGGCCAUCGUUUCCUGCUCGGCUACAGGACGGCCCACUCCCACUGUGAUGAUUACAGCCCCUCAGCAGGACUUGUACUUCUUACACAAUCAUUCUGUCAGUGUCUUCAACAACGACAGCACAGUCACCGUCACCAUGACAGCUGUGCUGUCUCGUCUACAUGAGAACAGCACUCAGGUUGGGUGUACAGCAGAAGUGCUCUCUAGUCCUAAGAAAGCCGUGUUCAUGAUGCUGACUGAGGUCAGACCCAUGUCUGAUGAAGAUGGUUCUGAUGAGGAAUCUGAGGAUAAAAUCAGCGGUCGUGGUAGGACUUCUGCCUUCAUUGGGUUGUCUAUUUCAUUGAUCGCAGUCAUUCUUGCAGUCGUCUUUAUCUGGCAUAGAUUGAAAAAGCCAACCAGUCGGUCACAUGACAUCCUGGAAAUGAAUGAAACAACUCAAGCUACAGUGGAAGACCCUCAUAUGGAUGAAGCAUCCUUACAGGAGAAUCCUCCAGUCAGACUCCGAUCAUCUCCUGUGAAGGGAGAAGAAAAUAGGAUGUAACACAAAUGUGUCAGCUUUAACAUCAAGGAGACGGUGUCACUGAUCAGAUGAAUGAAGUUUGUGCAUAACUGUGAGGAGGUGAGGCACAAGAUAAAAAAGGGAAUUACAUUUUUUCACAUUUUUUUAAUCCUGAAAUGGACAACAAGACUUCUUUUUAAAUGGCCAGAAAUUUCUUUGAGUAAUAUUUUUAUACUGUUUCCUGUUUACAUGUUAAUUUAUGUCAGUAUGUUAUGAAUGUAAUGAAUUAUCUCACUGGUGCUUACACCAAACAGUUGAAUUAAUGUUUAUUUAAGUCAGCCUAAAUAUGGUUUAGUUUUAACAAAUGGAACUACUGAUUGACUGAAAAAAAAGUGGAAUAAUUUCCUGGUUUGUAGGUGAUUUGGUAAAUGUUUGAUCUAAGUGCUUUAAUUUGUAUUACAUCUCUGAUGUAGGGCUGCUUUAUUAUGUCAAAUAGUCUAAUCAUGUUUUUUUUUUAAGUUGGUAUUGAAUUCAUGGUUAUAAAACACUUUAAGUGUUGAUUUUAAAACAUCUUUACUUUUGUUUUUUGUAGUUAAUUGUGUAAAACUAUUUUUUGUAAAUCCUUAUUUGUAAGGGUCAUUUUUGUCUGCGUUAUAUUUGAUUAUCGAUUUUGUUACGUCUAAUUUUCUGUUUCCCACACUUCCUACGGUUUGUUUUUGACUAUUUGCACUGCUUAAAGGGAAAAUAAAAGGUGUCUCUUAAA